ACGACCAUCGUCGGCUUCGCUUAGGGUUUUAACCUGAAAAUGGCGAAUCUUAUGCACAGAUUUCUCAGGAACCAAUCCUGUUUAAGAGCAAUCCCGAGGCUUACUCCGAUUACAAUAACCCAUCAGAAGCCUUGCAUCAGCAACAAGGAGUCUGUAUCCGUGGAAUUCGAUCCAGUUCCUCUUACCAAUCCCGUGAUUAACGUCGCCGAUAAAUCUCACCGGUUUUACCCUAGUUUCUCAAUCGGGUACGGGUUUAACCCGACUCUGAUUCAUGAUGAUUCGGGUCUAAUCGAAACGGUGCCGUUCCCGAACGUGGUGGUGGAGGAGAAAGAAGAGAAGGAGACUGUGAUUUAUGCAGAUAGUGUGAAGAAGAAGAGGAAGAAGAAGAUGAAUAAGCACAAGUAUAGGAAACUCAGGAAGAGUCUUGGACGCAAAUCGUAGAGUUUCCAUAUUCCGGUGAGAAAAAUGGAAACUUUGUCUUCUUCUAAAUGUUGGGGAUUUCAAGUUCGAACCAUAUUAGUAGUAUUGAAUUAGAUUGAUAAAUGUUGCAAAGUACUGAGGAAUCUCUAUAAAUUGGGUUAGAGUUAGUGUUAAUUGUUUGUUUUCCUCAAUAGUUUCAUCAAAUUCCACACCAUUGCAAUGUUUGCUCUGUGUUAAAUAGCUUCAACUGAGUGUGCUUAUAAAUGGUGAUGUUCCAA